AUGGCACGAACUAAACAAACUGCCCGUAAAUCCACUGGAGGCAAAGUAUGUACAUCGUAUAUGAUUCGCUAUGCUAUCGCCCCAAGAAAGCAAUUGGCUACCAAAUCAGCCCGUAAAUCGGCCCCUGCUACUGGUGGUGUCAAGAAGCCACACAGAUACCGUCCUGGAACCGUUGCUCUUCGAGAAAUUCGUCGUUACCAAAAGAGUACCGAACUCUUGAUCCGAAAACUGCCCUUCCAACGUCUAGUCCGUGAAAUCGCACAGGACUUCAAGACUGACUUGCGAUUCCAGUCUUCGGCUAUCGGUGCCCUCCAAGAAGCUGCUGAAGCAUACCUUGUGGGUCUGUUUGAAGAUACUAACUUGGCUGCCAUCCAUGCCAAGCGUGUUACUAUUCAGCCAAAGGAUAUUCAAUUGGCUCGACGAUUACGUGGUGAACGAUCUUAA